AAGGGGCAAAUGGGGAAAAGAGGGAGGUGAGAACGGAAGAAAUGGCAGAGGACUGCUUUAAAAUGCAUGAGGGCUGUGUGCUCGCAAAACAUUGAGCUGAACGUCACUCGUGUCACGCUGCGCUGCAAGAAUACAGAUGCCUGGGCUGCUGUCAGUCAAUCAAUCACAGAGGCUUCAGAGGGCUCCCUGUAUUCACCUGCAUGAAUGCUUCAGAAGGCAGUAUAUAGAGAUGCCAUUGUGCGAGCGUGUGUGAGUGUUUAUAUGCAAUAAUGUUUUGUUGGAGACAUUUUUUAUUUAUUUUUUUCCUACACUCCACGCGCUCGUUAUAUUCACACUGAGAUGCAUCUGUGUGUGUGUGUGUGUGUGUGUGUGUGUGUGCGCGCAGCCCUCUGUUGUUCAAGACAAAGUGUUUGUGUGUGUACGUGUCUGUCACUCGGGCUAUGACUGAAUACAUGUUGGUGCCCAGAGCCAGAGAAACUCGGUGAUGAAUGAGCUCCCAUUUUCCAGCUCCUGCGAGGACAACCAGAGCGAAAGCAAAAUGGAUGGGUGACAUUAAGUCAACACCCGGCCAACGCUGCUCCUUCGCGGUAUUCCUCUUCGGAGCUGAAUUCACAGGCAAAGACUAAUAAAGAAUCUAAUUAUUACAGCUGAAAUUUAAACUGACCUUCAUCCGCCAUCGUCCCCACAGGCAACACACUGAUUGAAAUGUUCAUUUUAGAAAUGAAGGAAGGAAAAAAGAUGAUGUUUUAUACACAGUUUAAUGGACUUGCAUGCUUCUUUUUCCUCCGCAGAGCACACUGAGCAGAUUCUAAUAAUGGAUCUGAGGAAGAGUCAGUCAUCCUGAGAGGCUCUCCAUUGACAAGAUGGGGAAGACAUUUAUUUGAACUUAACGGAGCAGAAACUUCUCUGAACAUCAUCCACACUAAAGGCUUCAAAAGCACCUGAUGACUGCUAAUGAGUCCCUUGAUCUACACAGCCCCACCACUUCAUUAGCGUCUAAAGUGCUACUCCCAGCUCGCUGGCGUUUCUUUGCGUCCGCUAACACAAUACCAACAAACUGAUUGAAAUUUCAACACAUCACACGAGCCGGGCCAGGUUAUUGUUUGAGCUGAUGGGUGCUAUCUGAAUUACAAUAUCCUACUAAUGAAAUGAAAGGAGCUACAUCCCUGGAGUCCUCACUAGACUCUACCUUCCCUCCACUCCGUACUUAUUAAUAGUAAUCCCAUGUCAACCUCAGUACCUUCUACCCAUACUCCUCCCUCCAUAAAACAAAACACCAAGGGUAAACAAGCAGGGAGGGUGCACUAAAGGAAAGUCUAAUUAAAUAUGGAUUAAUAUAAAGGCUGUGAUGUUGGGUAUGAGUCAAAGUAUACCCUCUGGCUCUACCUCACACAUUCAGCUCCCGUUCCUUUCCUUCUGUUCAGCCCGUGUCAGAUAAUGAUCUCUCCCACUGACUCGGGCGGCCCUUUCAUGCUGCACAAAGCUCUGAAAAGGCCUCCCGGACCAGCGAGAGAUAAUGCUUGAUGCUUCUAUAAUGUGCUUAAGCAUGGACAGUGAGACAUUAUGCAGACAGAAAAGGGAACUGUGCUUAAGAUAGACAGAGGCAAAGGCUUUGCACGGCCUUUCCUGACCAUACAGUCUGUCGCUGCUAAAAAGAGCUCAAGGCAACUUGUAAAAGAGUGCAAAUAAAACAAAAAAACAGCCUCAGGACGAGGGACACGACCCACUCGGGACAAAACAGACCGUUUGCACAGAGCUGCGCACACAUUUUAGUGUGUACCCAGAGACAGGUAAUGAUGUUUUAAUUAAACCACACAAGUCCAGGCGUCGCAGUCUCCGAAGAUGAAGUUCUAUUUUGGCCGCAGGCUAUUUAAUAGUUUAACUGCUGUAAUUACUACGAUUGAACCAUGUUGGUAAUUGCAAUCCCAGUCUUUAAAUGUGGCAGAGGUCUGGCGCACCAUGAAAGUAAGGUUCAAGGUUGGCUCCUCCAACUUCCCCUGACAUUUAUCAGCUAGAGAGAGAGAGAGAGCUGGGGCAAUAACAUUCGUGCCCCGGCCAAAUCGCUAACCCCACUGACUGCAUCUGAGCAUCUAAUCAUCCUCGAGUCCGAGCUGCUGGAUAAAUCCUCGCUCUUCCACCAUGACUGAUUAGAGCUCUCCAGUAUAAAAUGGCUGCAGCCCAACACCCAAAGCGGGGGCGGUCCACGGCGACUCUGGACAAGGGCAUUCAGCAGCACAUCUUCAAAGCCUUCCAAGAUCCUGGAUACCGAGAUUAAUCACUAAUCUACAAAGACAUUUCGCGCCGUCAAAUCGACGCAGUAACAGUGGUGAGUAAUUGCUGUAUGAUCCAUUUGAGAUCAGCAUGGCCGAGUCUUAUUACUCAUAAUUAUGGGACUAAUUAGGCAUUUGCAAUUAAAAUCUGAAAAGUGUCCAUUUGAUUUGACCCUUCCACCAAUUUCUCUGCAGUCUUUUUUGACACUCCCUUCCGUGUUAAUGUGAUUGGCCUUUCGGCUUCACUAACUCUUUUUAACAAGAUGUACCAGUGGUGUGGCAGGAUGGUGUGUGUGCGCGCCGGGAGGGGACCUGAUGGGAAGAGAGAGGAGACAGGAAUGGGAGAGGGAGAGACAGCUGAGGUGUAUUAAAGUUGUCAGAGUGUGGACAGCGACCGUGGUCAAUAUUUGAACAAUGAGACAGGGUUUGUUUGAUUGGGGGGAACAACGGGAGACAAGUAAAGCAAAGGCCGUGGGAGGUCCUCAUAAAUAUGGGUGAGUGUGUGGAUAUGUUUAUGUAUGAAUACAUUGGCCUCAUUUCAAUCUGACAAGACUAUCAGUUGAAGAACGGAUAUCUGUGCAUAUUAAGCUGCCGGAGACUGCUGACUGUGAGGAAGUGUUCAUUGUGUGUGGUCGCAGGUGUUUCUGAAACUGGAAACGAGGAAAAAAGAAAAAAAGAAGAGAAAGGGGAGCAGGCGGAAAGAGAGGAAGAUGAGAAAGAGAGUAGGUCAAGAAAAAAAAGAAGUAUUGUGCUUAUGGAAGCACGGCUAACUAGAGAUAAAGGAUACAGGCACAGGAGGAGGCCUUGGGGCAGGAGGCAGGAUUAAUUGCCCCUGGCACACAAGGCCACUGGAUAAAUUGCCCCAGACGGUAGGCCCGGAGGAGGGCUGCAACGUGGCGACAAAGGUGUUACAGUGGAGAGGGGCCGGGGGGAGGCAAGGUUAAUUAAACUCUUCAGUGUGAAACACUCUCAUUCAUUACCUUCAUUAACUUGUUCAUUUAAUCUGCUCCGGUGUUGGCAUUUUAUCACAUACAGCCUCAAUGUAGCGUCAUACAGCUGAUUAGGUUUCAUGCUGAAGCCCUCAGCUGCAGUGGAGGUAACCGAGAAUGAGUAGCGGGUCAGUUCAGGUCUAACAGGCGCCGUUGCACGCGCCAACAAGCGCAAAAUAAAUUGAGUUCACGCUGGACAUGCGCUUUAUUUGAUAUUCCACAGGAGAAUCAGUGGAUUAGUCUCAAAAGUGGAAAAUGAAAAAGAUUUUCACCCCUAGUCUCCAGUGAAUCGUGCCGAGGCCCCGUAAACAUUAAAGAGCCGAGGAGAGCGGCUCGAGCGGGCGCGAGUGCAGAACUGACAAUGUGGACCAAAUUCACACUCAUCCUUAUAACAACCAACACAAGCCAAAACUUGUCAGCAGUGUCUUUUCUUCUGUCUGGAUAUUUUCUUAAAAUAGACACAGCCUUCACUUUUCAUACCUGGCACAGGAAGAAGAAUUCGCUGUUUGAGGGCACCGUGAAAGCGAGCGAGCGAGAGAGGCGGCGGUGCAACAAAAUGGAUUGCAUCACGACAAAACAUCCCAUUUUCAACUCCAUUAGGUCUCCCUUACAGUCGUGACAGUGUUGUGCUUUUUGCCACUUCACAUGAUUAAUCACGUGUGGAGGCUGCAGCAGAAACACGGGCAGCCUGAACUGCAGGCAGCCGUGGCUCCACGCUGGAGAUGUCUGAAAAAUCACAAGAUAGGCUGACAUGCGGAGAACGGGCAGACAAAGAAAAGCGAGUUGGGGGCUGGAAUACUCUGACAACCACUGGUAGCAAUGUUUAAACAAAGCUAGUGUCACGUUAGUGGAGACAUUGUGGGAUUUUUUUUUUUUUCUUUUAGUCAAGCUGUGUAAACGGGACCUCGGCAGGUGUUGGGAAGUAAUACUGCGUGUGGAGAAUUAAUGCUUAAAGUUGUGGCAAAGGUGGAGCUAAAGUUAUCUGGAUCAAACCCGCGUAGCUCUGCUGGGAGCUUGUUCUAGAUGAUCAUGUCUUGAGGUGAAGAUGUAAGAGACAAAAGCCUUCUGUGUGUCCAGCUCUGUUGUAUCGUAUAAACUUUGGUCACCGUAUUUUUUCUUCUCGUGCGGAGCUAAAUGUGCUGAAUCGCCUGAUAAGUCAGUGGCAGCGGUCUGACUAUUACCAGCGAUGCAGGACACACUGGAAAAACUAGGGCCUCAGACGACACCAGAUAACAGCCGACUGUCAGCUUGGUGUGUCACAACCUUAAGUGCUGCAAGUCCAGCUGAAUUGUAGGAAAUCGUGUGGAGUAAAAACAAACAAUGUCUACUCUGUCAGUGUACGCGCAAAGCUUAAUGGUGAAGUGCUCUUUGCUCAGAGUGAAAGUCGAGAGCAGGAAAGUGAGUCCUCCGUGACUGCCGAGGUCAGCCUCUGGUCUGAUGUGGAGCACGGCUCACUGUUCAAGCCUUUAGCAGUCUGGAACGGUUUGCAACCCAACACGUCCUUCCAAACUUCCCAAUCAUGUCCGAAGCAGAAAGUGAUGAGUGCAGAGCGCUGUGGACAGCCUGUCCGCCUGGCUGCCCCUCGCCUUCUUCUCCUAUUCUCGCCGCUCCCCUCGUCCUUUUUCCUUGGCUCACUCUCCCCGUCUUUCUCUGUGAAAGUGAGCCAGUGUGCACAGUGACCUUCAACCACACCCACGGGGAACAAAAAAAGGAAAGGGAAUGAAUGAAGAGGGGUAGUAGCGGGAAAGAGGAGAGAAUGGGAUAAACAUGAAGAGAGGGGUGACAGACGGUGGAAAGAAUAAGAGGCUUGAGGAACACACACACACACCCACGCUGAAGAAAGGAAAAUGGAAAAUCUCUCUACUCUUGAAAGGCAGUGGAGCGCAGAGCUGAAUCUGACAAGAAAGAUGACUCUCCAUCCCCUUUCUCACCAGUCUGAUUAAACCUCUCACUCUAAAAUGAACUGGGUGAACAGAGAGGGAACCACAGAGCUAUUGCAAAAGGUGUAGACUGCCUGCAGAUACACUUGGAGGAGCAGGACCUUGAGGACAAGGUGACACUAUGGAAAAGUCCAUCUGUGGCUGACAAAAAAAACAAACAAAAAUUAAUUAUUUCAACAUGGAAAAUGAGGCAGCCCUGUUUCAAAAACUCCAAAAAAUAUAUUUUUUUCACCAGAUCUGCCUCUGCAAAUUCCCAGUUCUUCUGUUUAAGUAUUCCCUGAGCUGUUCGUAAUGAAUUAAUCUACAACAGAGGAAUGAUGUUCUUGUGUGACUAAGACAGUAAGUAGAGGGAAGGAGGACUAAUUAAAGUUGUAACAUCUGCCUUCUGAGCCUCCAAAUGUGUCUGCAGGCUACAAGCAUCUUUCGCUCCACUUCCUCCGCUCUUACUCCAAGCACAGAGGGGCGAAUUAGGUUUCUGCCUGCUCCCAAACAAUGCAACUAAUCUUCUGCAAGUGACAUCAUCAUUACUACCGCAUCCAAUACUGUAACGGAGCGGUGUGCAAUAUUCACAGCAUCUUCUUGCAGCUGAACUUCCACAGCUGAUGGUGGAGAAAAAGAUGAGGAGGAACUGAGGAGGAGGAGGAGGAGGAGGGUGGGAGGUCUGAGCUGGAGCACGUAACCUGCUUACAAAUUAACACCACAACCGGACAGCGUGAGUGAGUUUCCCCUCGUCCUCCUCUCGCUGUAGCACCGCUACAGCCUCUUUCUUUUUCUUUUUUUUUUCUCUUUGCCGCUCUCAUGAGCCAUCUUCUCGGUCGGAUCGGUCUGCGGUCUCCACUUUGACGAUUCGCCGGCGGUGAGGCUGCUCCCGCUGCCGCUGCUCCACUUCUGACCGACUUCCCGGCUGCUCCGCACACAGCCGGAGCCCCACGGUGCAGCAGCAGCAGCAAGCCCUGCACGGCGCGGCACGGCUCUCUGCCCCCGCUGCUGUGCCAAAAGAUAAGCCGACAACGGCAGACACCGACACUGCGGGGAGGCGACAGAUCCGGAGAUCGAGCCUCUGCAAUAACCACGGAGCCGGCCGACGGACGAAACGGAAAUAUCUGCCAUGCUAGAUGUGCACGGAAGAGGAAAUCUUGAUAAGUAUGAGCUUUUUUUUUUUUUUUUUUUUUUUUUUUUUUUUAUUUUGCUCCAACAAAACAAACUCGGGUCUGCUUGGUGUGGUGGCAGUAGCAAUGACUUUGCCCUCCUCAGAGCCUCGCAUGAGCCUUCUCCCGGAGUCUGAAUGUGAACAAACACCCGGGCGGUGAGAAUAAGACUUUUAUCAGCGGCUCAUCAACGACAAUAAAAGAGACUUUAUUGGUCACCGACAGCGCUUCUACUUGGUGGGGGGAAAAAAACACAGUGCUUGCUGUAAAUCAAGCCGGGAAGAUCGAGCCCAAGUGCAAGACGAAUGGUUCGGGCAUGGUGCCCACGCCCCAGGUGUGCGUAUCAACCCUGGUCACGGUGAGCACAAUGGCAGUGGUGGACCUCUACUUGCUGGAGCAGAGCAUGCUGGGAGCUCGUGGUGUUUCAGGACCUACUGUGUGGCAGUGUGCGGCGGUGUUGCUAAGUGAUGUGGGCUUUCUGCUCGCGCUGCGCUUCGUCUCAGCUGGCGUGGUGUCUGAGGCGCAGUCGCCGCGGCGCGGUUUCGCCAAUGCCCUCUGGUUCCUGUUCCUGUCCCUGCUGCAGCUCAAGCUCUUCUUCGUCUGCCACAACUACAGACAGGAGCGCCGGCCACCGGACCCUCUGGCCAGAAAGACCCUGACGCUGCUGCUGUCCAUCUGCCUGCCCUCCCUGUUCCUCAUCCUGACGGGGGCCGAUCACAUGACCCCGCAGCGCAGGAAGCAGGAGGUGCGAGGUCGGCUCCUGUGGGUGGUGGUUGACCUCCUGGAUGUGUUGGACUUGCAGGCGGGGCUGUGGGAAGCACAAGGAGGGGCCGCAGCAGCCACUGGAGGAGCCGUCGAGCAGAAGCUGCCCAUUUGGGCCGAGGGCCUGGUCUUCUUUUACUGCUACGCUCUCCUGCUGCUGCUGCCAUGCGUGGCCCUUACAGAGCUCGGGGCCACCGGACUGCCGGGACAGAGAGGACCCCGGAAGGAGGCUUUAUACCCUUGGCUCAGCUUGGUCACUAUCAAUAUCUUCACCCUGGCCCUGAGGGGCACGGGCAUGCUGUGGUAUAGGGACCCCCGCGUGUCCACUGUGUUCCUGGGGAAGAACCUGCUGGCUCUGGCUGUGAAGCUGAGCUCAGCCUGGGAGAAACACAAGCAGGAGCGCGGUGCUGCUGGAGCCGGGACCGCGGCUGGAGCCGAAUCAGGAGGUUCGACCUUGCCAAGUCAGAGCUCGGAGCAAGGAGAGGGCCAGGCCCAGGGCAAAGCUCCUCCCACUCAUUACCACUCUCUGACUCGUUCCCAAAGCCACACUCUCUCCCACGUCAGCCUGGAGCCCUCUGCGGCACCCUUAGGGCCCUCUUUCAUCUCCCAUGAACUCUAGAGGAUCACUCUUAACACGCACGCAUGCACAAAUGCAAAUAUGCACGCCCAAACUGAAAACUCGGACCAGCAGACCCAGUAUCACAGCCAAACAGAUAACUUGUACUGAAUUUCAGUGCAGCAGUGAUGGGUAUAAUGCAGAGCGUGGAAAUGCAUUUGGUAUGCUUGUCUUUCUGCACAUUUUGUUGUGCUAAGAAAAACUCAAAAUGCAUCGCUGUGAUUUGUGGGAGUGUAUUUUUACAGUCAACACUGUGAUUCUGUAGAGUGGAAAGAGUAUUCCAGAAAUGUGUGUUGGAGUAGUGUUCAUUGUUGUUUAAUCUGGGCUUAGCGGCCUUUCCUGCCACAUUUUGAUGAAUUCUGUCCUAAGUUUGCUCGUUUGACUUUUUUUUUUUUUUUUUUUUACAUCUUUAACUUAAGUUUUAAUUCAGAUUUCUUGCUAAAUAUCUAAUACUACUUCAUAUACUGUAUGUGUGUGGUGGUGAGGAACACAAAAGAAAAACUGGAUCGACACUCUUUUGGCUGUUAGACUAUUAAAUGCCAAAAUACAGA